UGCGCAUGCGUCGACGAGUAAGCUGCAAGUUUAGAUGCUGUUUUGGGCCUGAACGGAUCUGAAGCCUCCUUUGCCACACAGUUGGAUAAGGAAGCGGAUCUCCUGUUUGAGUCCGGUUAUUUUCGUCAUCCCUACUCUGCUAUGGGGGUCCAUUUGUUUUUGGUCCGCAGUGCGGCCUAGCGUGCGAGACCUGGUAAAAGACCAGACCAAGAGAAGGCUUCACUAUGAGCCAGUGACUGGGAGAAGGACUCGGAGUAGCGCGCACACAAGAUGGCCCAGGAGAAAAUGGAAUUGGACAUGGAGAUCCCGCCGAGUGAUGGCAACUUGAGGAGGUCCAACAGCGCCCCCCUUAUCAACGUACUGAGUGACCACGCUCAAGUGUUUCAACCUUACACACUACGAGCACGUAGAAACAGCACUACUGUUGUCAACCGACACAGUUUGAUACCAUCAUCCUCUCCAAUUCGUAUUCCCAGUAGCAGGCUUUAUCAACUCAAAAGGGAAGAAGGUGUAGACCUGAUAAACAGAGAAACUGCACGUGAACGUGAGGUGCAAACUGCAAUGCAGAUGAGCCUGUCAUGGGAAGAAAGCUUUAGCUUGAGUGAUAAUGACUUUGACAAAUCAGACAAAUCUUCAUCUCCAAAGCGAAUUGACUUUGUUCCAGUGUCACCAGCUCCUUCGCCAACUCGGGGGAUAGGAAAGCAAUGUUUUUCUCCCUCUUUACAAAUGUUUGUGAGCAGUAAUGGCUUGCCUCCGAGUCCUAUUCCGAGUCCUACCAGGCGUUUCACUACCAGGAGGAGUCAGAGUCCUAUCAACUGCAUAAGGCCAAGUGUGUUGGGCCCCAUUAAAAGGAAAGUUGAAAUGGAAAUAGAAAACCAUCCAAAGAGGCUCUUCCAAGGAACCACAAACAUGCUAUCUUCCGAUGUUGCAGAGCUGGCAGAUUAUAGUUCUUGCUUUUCUUCAGAUCUUGAUAGCAGCAACAGUAUCAGCUCAUCGUUGGAUUCUAUUGCUAAAAGAAGCACAAUGACUGACUCACCGGGAACCUGCUCCAACUCUUGCUCUUCCUUCAUCUCACUCAGUGAUCUUUCACCAAAGUGACUUCCAUUGCUUUUGUUUUCCCCAUCUGCUUCAGCCUCAAAAAUCUAAGGACAUGUAUUGCUGAUUUGCUUGGCUUCACCUGUCCACAAAUCUGCCUUUGUUCUGAAAGACUAUUCCAUGCAUCUUGUGGGCAAAAGGAAAAUGUGUGAAAUAUUUGUACAGCAUAUUUUUUGUGUAUAGUAGUCUGCUUAUUUCAUUGUAAUUUUUUUUUAUUUUUGUGGCCUAUCGAUGGAUGCUUAGUGUUAUUUAUUUAUUCUAGAUUCCUACAAUCACUGCUAAGAGUGUAAUUUAAUUUUCUUUUGUCUGUGUCGAGACAAAUCUGCUUUCAUAGUAGGGAGCAAUUGGAAAUAUUAAGUGUAUGUAUUAAAUUAUUAUUUUUCUCUCUCGCUGUUUAAAAAAAAGAAAAUUCAACUGUCAAAUUUCAAUGUUGCACAGGAAUGCAGUAAUUACCCCCUUUUUUAUUUGUUCAGAUAUAAAGACAUUCUAUUGAUAGAA